CUUAUAAAUACGAAAACUCUGCGUUUGCCGCUUCGUACUCUGUUCGUUUGGAAGGCUGCAUUACUAGCUAUUCUGAAACGUUCAAGUCACAGAAAUUUUUGUGUUUUUUGGUGGUGUAAAACUCAAAUAAAUCAACCAAAAUGCGUGAAUGUAUCUCAGUUCAUGUCGGUCAAGCAGGUGUCCAAAUCGGUAACGCCUGCUGGGAGUUGUACUGCCUUGAACAUGGCAUCCAACCCGAUGGCCAAAUGCCAUCAGACAAGACCAUCGGAGGUGGAGACGACAGUUUCAACACUUUCUUCAGCGAAACCGGAGCUGGUAAACACGUACCCAGGGCUGUGUUCAUCGACUUGGAACCAACCGUAGUUGAUGAGGUCAGAACUGGAACAUACAGACAAUUGUUCCACCCAGAACAACUCAUCACUGGUAAAGAAGAUGCGGCCAACAACUACGCCCGUGGUCACUACACCAUUGGCAAAGAAAUCGUUGACUUGGUUUUGGACCGCAUCCGUAAAUUGGCUGACCAAUGUACCGGCCUCCAAGGUUUCCUUAUCUUCCACUCAUUCGGUGGUGGUACCGGUUCCGGUUUCACCUCCCUGUUGAUGGAAAGAUUGUCCGUGGACUACGGAAAGAAGUCCAAGCUGGAAUUCGCCAUCUACCCAGCCCCUCAAGUAUCUACUGCCGUUGUAGAACCAUACAACUCCAUCUUGACCACCCACACCACCCUUGAACAUUCCGACUGUGCAUUUAUGGUAGACAACGAAGCUAUCUACGACAUUUGCAGACGCAACUUAGACAUUGAACGCCCAACCUACACCAACUUGAACAGACUCAUCGGCCAAAUCGUUUCAUCCAUCACCGCUUCCCUCAGAUUCGAUGGCGCUCUCAAUGUCGACUUGACCGAAUUCCAAACUAACUUGGUACCCUACCCACGUAUUCAUUUCCCUCUCGUUACCUACGCCCCAGUCAUCUCUGCCGAAAAGGCUUACCAUGAACAACUCUCCGUUGCCGAAAUCACCAACGCCUGCUUCGAACCAGCCAACCAAAUGGUAAAAUGUGACCCACGCCACGGAAAAUACAUGGCCUGCUGCAUGUUGUACAGAGGAGAUGUCGUACCAAAGGACGUUAAUGCCGCUAUCGCCACGAUCAAGACUAAACGUACCAUCCAAUUCGUCGACUGGUGUCCAACCGGUUUCAAAGUCGGUAUCAACUACCAACCACCAACCGUUGUGCCAGGAGGUGACUUGGCUAAAGUUCAACGUGCAGUCUGCAUGUUGUCCAACACCACCGCCAUCGCCGAAGCCUGGGCUCGCCUUGACCACAAAUUCGAUCUUAUGUACGCCAAACGUGCUUUCGUCCACUGGUACGUAGGAGAAGGUAUGGAAGAAGGUGAAUUCUCUGAAGCUCGUGAGGAUUUGGCCGCCCUCGAAAAGGAUUACGAAGAAGUAGGAAUGGACUCCGGAGAAGGAGAAGGCGAAGGAGCUGAGGAAUAUUAAACAGUUUAUUGCUGAUUAAUCAACGAAUUUACUAUGAAAUACAAGUAAAACUACAGGAACAUUAA